AAACAAUAUUGAGUACUCUAUUAAUUUGUACUAAUCAAUGUCGUGUUUCCAAAUUUUCAUAUUUAUUAAUAGUAAUUUAUUUGUUGGCAAUAGACACAAUUUUGAUAACAUCAAGAACUAGAGUACUCUAUUAAAAUCCAUUGGAAAUUCUCAUAAAGAAAAAGAGAGUGGAAGUGAACAUUAAAAAUGACAAAGUUUAGUUCAACUUAUGGGAAAAUUCUUCUUUCUGUUUUUCUUUUACUAUCAAAUAUUUCCUUUCAAGUUGCAACAUGUGGCUCUAUAGUAAAGUUUCUUCCUGGAUUUCAAGGACCCCUUCCUUUUGUGCUUGAAACCGGGUAUGUGGGAGUGGGUGAGAAGGAGGAUGUGCAAGUGUUCUACUAUUUCAUUGAAUCAGAGAAGAAUCCAAAGGAUGAUCCUCUCAUACUUUGGCUAACUGGUGGACCUGGUUGCUCUGCUUUGUCUGGUCUUAUGCUUGAAAUUGGUCCACUUGAGUUUAAAAAGGAGGAAUACAAUGGGAGCCUGCCUAAUCUGAUCUUGAAGCCACAUUCCUGGACAAAGGUGAGUAGUAUUAUAUUUGUAGAUUUGCCGGUUUCCACAGGCUUCACUUAUGCCACAACAGAAGAAUCUGGUGCUAAACGAAGCGACUGGAUAUUAGUUCACCAAACUUAUCAAUUUUUAAGGAAGUGGUUGGUUGAUCAUCCAAAGUUUCAAUCAAACGAAGUUUACAUUGCUGGUGAUUCAUACUCUGGCAUUCCUAUUCCUGUCGUUGUUCAAGAAAUUGCACAAGGAAAUGAAAAAGGGGUCCAACCAUGGAUAAAUCUCCAGGGUUACAUAUUGGGGAAUGGUGUAACAACUAGAAAGGAAAGAAACUAUGCGAUCCCAUUUGCUCAUGGAAUGGGACUCAUAUCUGAUGAACUAUAUGAGUCACUGCAAAAAAAUUGUAACGGAGACUAUGUAAAUGCAGAGACCAGAAAUGUUUUAUGUUCCAAAGAUAUCAAUUCAUUCAGUGAGCUCACAUCAGGACUUAAUACAGCACAUAUUUUAGACCCACUAUGUGAGUGGCGUGACGAUAAUGAAAAAUCUCCGAGGAGAUCUCUAAUUAAGAAUUAUUUCUCCAAGUUCCUCAAUAUAAAUCUCAAAUUGCCACCCUUAAGUUGUCGAAGUUAUUCAUAUUUCCUUAUGGGUUUCUGGGCUAAUGAUGAUAAUGUUCGCAAAGCACUACACAUACGUAAGGGAAGUAUUGGAAAAUGGCAUCGUUGCACCUACAAUAUACGUCAUAAUGCUGAUAUCCCUAACAGCUAUGAUUAUCAUGUAAAUCUCAGUAGAAAAGGCAUUCGUUCACUAAUUUACAACGGCGAUCAUGACAUGACAGUUCCAUUCUUGGCAACACAAGCAUGGAUAAGAUCUUUAAACUAUUCCAUUGUUGAUGAUUGGAGACAGUGGUAUACAGAUGACCAAGUUGCAGGAUACACAAGGACUUACUCCAAUCAGAUGACAUUUGCAACUGUGAAGGGUGGAGGACACACAGCUCCGGAGUUCCGGCCUAAAGAAUGUUUUGACAUGUUUAGUAGGUGGAUAUCUAAGAGAGCUUUGUAGAAAUAACCAAAAAAUAAUAAACUUAUCUUCUAAGUUUCAAAGAAAUAUAUAUCACUUGGCUUGGCACAUUCCAUAGGAACAUUGCCAGGUUGGUCUAUGUGUGUCUUUUACUACCACAACAACAACAAAUAUUGUAGAUUUUCUAUAGAUAAUAACAGGGAGACCAAUGUUUCAAAUGUAAAGUUGGACCAUGAAUUAAACCAUGGAAUUGUACAAGUUCUUCUUCUUCUUCUU